CAGAUUUGCAAGCCAGAACACUCUCAAUCACAACGUGCAGCAUGAGCCGCGGCUCUCAACAUUCGCUGGUUUCUAGCCGCGCAAAGCAUGGUGCUGCCGGUGGUGAUGGCAAAAGUGGUGGCGGCAGUAUGAAAUGUAUUAUCACAAUUGGGAUCUUAUUACCACUUCUUGCUGCAAUUAUAGGUGUAGCUGCAUGGUCAUUGAGCAGUGAUUCAAGGCAUCAUACUUCCCAUCAAACCCCUCUUUAUCAUAGUGGCCGUUCAUAUUAUCGAAGCGGUGACCACAUCUUUGAAGAACGUAAUGAUGAAGGGCUCGUAUUUGGGCAGAAGGUUCCUAUUGGUGGAGCUGUUAGUAAAGACAUAUUAGGACCGGAUGUUGAAGAAGAAAGGGAUAUAUUACCCCCUCUGGAGAAGGAUGUAUUACCCCCAUCCCCCGAAUCCGCAGAAAGGGAUCCUCUUUACGUUGUUCACUAUGUACCGCGUGGACCCCAAGAAGCCACAUCAGAAGCACCAUUGCCUUCACCCGCACCAGAUGUUCUAUCGAAGCUAUUAUCUGCUGGUAAAUCUAGUGGUGGUAAAGGAACGCCUCAAUUUAUUGUUUUUGCUCCUACGGCUAACGAAGCACAUGCUGAGGAUGACGAGGAAGACGAUGAUGGUUAUAGUCCCAGAGUAACCCGUAAACGUGUGAAGAAGAGAAAGAAGAUGAGAAAAGAAAUGGAUGACAUUGAAGAUGAAUAUGCAGAUAAUACUCAACUAAGAAAACAGGUUACAGCUGUACCACGCAAUGGCUAUUACGACCAGUCUAAUGAUUUUCAAAAUUGGCCUGUGCAACAAUUCAACAAUCAGCAACAGCAGUACAGUAACCAGAAACCAUGUUGUAAUAUGCCCCAGCAAUCACAAGGAGGUGGUAUGAUGCCCGCUCAACAAGGUGGGGGAAUGAUGACAACGCAAGCUCCUAGUGGCAUAUCUAUCACUUUAGGGCAAGGUCUUCCUUUAUCACCAUUAGGAAUUCUAAGGCGCUUGUUACCCAACCCGAAAGUAGAUCUUAAGAAAAAAGUUUUCUUUGGUGUGCAACUUGAAAACGGAUUCGGAUUCGGCGGGGCUGAUGGAGCUGGAAAUGCGGGUGGAGGUGGAGGUAAUAUGGGUGGGCAAACGGGAGGUGGCGGAAACAUGGGUCAUCAAGGAGGUGGUGGUCAACAAGGAGGUGGAAUGACUUACCAUUUUGGUUGAGGAGAAGCGAAUUGAAAUGGAAAACUUAGGUGAGGUUCGUUUUUCAUUUUAACUGGGUUUUCCAAGUUACAACGGAUUCAUAUCAUUCAUUUAUUAUCUCAUUUUAGAAGUAGAUAAAAGUAAAUUUCGCUGUGAAUAACUGCAUUGAAUGGGAUUAUUUAUUUCGGGUACAAAUGGAGAUGGAUAAUAGUUAUUGCUUUCAUAAAAUUUCUUAGCUUUGUUGGUGGUGCUUUGAUGUCUAUUUUAUAACUAGUAUUUCAAACUUUUAUUUAGUCAAAAUGAAGUUGACAAUAACCUAAAUGAGAUCACAACUAUAAUUUUUAAUUUACGGUUAAAUUUAACUUGCAGUCUGAGUGUUACAUACAGCAUCCUCUGCAUGCAUAGAUACAUAGAUACACAUAGAUACAGCAUCCUCUUCAUGUAACAAACUAAAUUUUACUUUUUGUAAGAAGCUUAUUUAAAUCAGGAUACAAUAUUUAUGUAAAACUACUCAUCUUGUCAUAUAUUAAUUAGUGAAUGAUAGUUAAUGAUUUAAAAUGAAACUUAAUUAUUGAAUAUCUCCUUUAAAAUGACUGAUAGAGGAGACUUUUGCAUGUAAACCUAUAUUUAUUGCAAGUCUUAUUGGCCAAAGUAAGGUUUCAAAAUAUUUCAAAAUGAUAGCUCUUUUUUUUCCUUAACAGAGAGUAUAAGACAUAUCAUAUUUUGUGAUACAAUGAUCUAGUCGGCUAUUUAUGAAAGCAAAAUGAUUACUAAGGCAAAUAUUCAAUUUAUCAUAAUACUGUUACUCAGUUUUUCCAAAUGUGCACAUUUUAACAAUAGCUAAGAGUAUAACUUGUUUUGUUUAAGAAAAACAUUAGCUAUAUUUAUGUGUAAUUAAAAUAAUUAACAAUAAAUAACAACGAAUGAAGUUUGUCAAAUAUUAGUUGGAUAGAGAAAUUUAAUACUCUUUAAUUUAUAAUUUUAUAGAAGAGUUUCAUUGUGAGAGACCAGCACCGUAAAAUUAGCGUUCUGUGACCUAGACGCAUUGUGAUUUUCUGGUUUGGGUAAAAUCUUAGAUGCAGAAGGAAAUAACCAUUACUUCUACGAAACGAGAAUGAAAUGCAUAUGCCUUGGUAAAGGGAAUCCGAAUCCGUUUUGAAACUGGAGCCACAAAUCCAAUAUACUAUGCAAAGAAAAUAAAAUGACUUUGUGCCUGUGAUGCCAUCUGGGACUUCAGAGAAAGUCAGACUGUUUUCAUUCUAAGAACCAAAGAAGACUCUUCGCUAGUGUAUAAUAUAUAUUUUUUUUUUGAGAAAUAAAAAGAAAACUACUUUUCUAUGAAAGGA